GCCAAAGAAAAGUCAUUUCCAUUUAUGUUUUCACCCCCUCAAGAAAUCGGAAAUCGGAAAUUGAUAUUGACAGCAUUGGCGUGCCGUGGCAGUUGAAUUUCCAAAACCCAGAAAUCCAGACACGCAUCUUCACAGGGUCUCUCUCUGAUAUACAUCCAUCGAAAAACGUGUCCCAAGCAACAGAAAGUGACACGUAAACGAAAAAAGAAGCCCACGCAAGCAAAAGCGAGCGGCAGCGGCAGGCGAACAUCGAUUCCUAACGGUCCUCUCGUUGAACCCGAACACCGUCUCACUCCAAUCCUCUCGUUCUCAUUGCAACCAAACAGACACCAAUUCCUCAGCCCCCUCCUUGGUCGUCCUCGUGAUGCAGUUCAAUCGAUUUGAUUCGUUCUGGGCGUUGAAGCCGAUCGUCAUUGUGAUCCGCCGGACUAGGAUUGGUUAAUCGCGGGAUUGGAUUUGGGGUAUCCUGGGUUUGAUUGUAAAUGAGCACGCAGAGGCAGCAUGUGGCCGUCCGGGACCUCGUUGAGGAAGCCAAGAAGCGGAUUGUGUUUCUCGCCAUUUGCGUUGUUGGCUUGUCAUACCUUAUGUCCCAAGCCAGUUUGACUACUCGAGGUGCGGCUUAUUAUUGUUUUAAUUUCAGUGACGAGCUCCUCUGUCUGGGUGAACUUGCCUGCUGCCGCCUCGUUGAUUGUCAUCGUUCGUUAUUUGUCACUAGAUUAUGACAUGCGAAGAAAAGCUGCAUCAUACAACAGCAAGCCACCAUCAGCAAAUACUACUUCUCAAAACAAACCUAUUAAAUGGCCUAAAACUAGUCAAAAGUCUGAGUGGAGAAGGAAAGUUAAUUCUCCUGUUGUCGAGGAAGCUAUUGAUCACUUCACCUGGCAUCUAGUUUCUGAGUUUGUGACCGAUCUCUGGUAUUCUCGUCUAACACCGGAUAGACAAGGUCCAGAAGAACUCGCGUGCAUCAUGAAUGGUGUUCUUGGGGAAAUUUCAGCACGCAUGAGGAAUAUAAAUCUAAUUGAUCUUCUCACAAGGGAUCUUAUUAAUCUCAUAUGCUCUCACUUGGAGCUUUUCCGCAUAGCUCAAGCAAAGAUUCAAAAGCAACAAUCGGGAUGCCUGACAGUUGAAAAACGAGAUAUGGAAAUAAGACUUAUCUUGUCUGCUGAAAACAAAUUGCACCCUGCUUUAUUUUCUGCUGAAUCUGAGCACAAGGUCUUGCAGCAUUUGAUGGAUGGCCUGAUCUCAUUCUCAUUCAGGCCUGAAGAUCUGCAAUGCACUCUCUUCCGUUAUAUUGUCAGAGAACUACUUGCUUGUGCAGUAAUGCGACCUGUCCUAAACUUGGCUAGUCCCAGGUUUAUUAAUGAAAGAAUUGAAUUGUUGGUCAUUAAAAUGACCGAGCCUAAAGGUGUUAUUGCGGUACAAGAGGCAUCUCGGUCCAAACCAGAGGGGCCCUCAAAGUUAUCAUCUGAUCACUUUUCUAGGUUCUUAGAUACUUCUGUUACUGGUGUUGAACUUGUGCAAUUAAAAAAUGGUCAGUCCAGAACUGCUGUGGAGACAGCUGCAAAUGUAAAUGGAUCAAAAGAUCCAUUGCUCUUGGUUGAUACUCAAUCUUCCCGUUCGUGGAGCUCAGUGCGAAUGAACUCCCACACUAGCAAUGAAAGGGGUGUAGAACAGAACCACUCGGGAGGAGAAUGGGGAGAUAUGUUAGAUCUGAUGUCACGCAGAAAGACUCAAGCCCUUACUCCUGAAAAUUUUGAAAACAUGUGGGCUAAAGGGAGGAAUUUUAGAAAGAAAGAAGGUGAAAUAAAUGAGCAUUCUUCUGGUGGGAAGUCAGUUACAGUAGAUCAUUUUAUGGAAAAAUCUAGGCCCAAAGAUAAGGAAAAUGUUUCGAAGUUCAAUAUUUCUGAUAGAGGCAUUUCUCAAAACAAUUUCCACCCUGGAGCUCAAAACAUACCAAGUUACUCUCGAGGUUCUUCAUAUCAGGAUGAUGAUGAACACAACCACAUGCGGUUGGACGAGUUUGAAUCAGGAAGCAGUACUGCUUAUACUUCGGAAGAUGAAGAAACAGACAGUGUUACAGGUCUUGAUUCUCCUGGAACUAAAGUUUGGGAUGGUAGAAGUAAUAGAAAUAUGGCAAUUUCUCACAUUCAUCACCCACUUGAAAAUUCUGAACGCCAUAUUAGGAAACGGACUGGUAAAGGGAAUCUUCACUUUAACAGAUUGUCUAAAACCCAGUCUUUCCAGAAAAGAUCUAGACCAAGCAACAAGAAAGUGCCUGUUUGGCAAGAGGUAGAGAGAAAACGCUUCUUGUCUGGAGAUGGACAGGACAUACUUAAAUCUCCAAAUCGAGAUGCAAAUAUUGAGGACUCUAGCGAUGAUUCUGACGUUGAAAGUUUGGGUAGAAUUAACAGUGGGGCAGCCACUUCUUCAUCUGCAACUUUAUCUUUUGCAGAUAGUCACAGCCUGAAUUUUAAUUCCCUGAAAAAUUCUCUAGCAGUGGAUUCUUUUUUCAAGUUGAAAUGUGAGGUAUUGGGUGCAAAUAUUGUGAAGAGUGGCUCAAAAACAUUUGCCGUUUACUCCAUAUCUGUUACGGAUGUAAAUAAUAAUAGUUGGUCAAUCAAAAGAAGGUUUAGUCAUUUUGAGGAGCUACAUCGGCGUCUAAAAGAGUUUCCUGAGUACAACCUACACUUGCCACCAAAGCAUUUUCUGUCAACUGGUUUGGAUUUAGCUGUCAUUCAGGAACGAUGUAAAUCACUUGACAAAUAUGUAAAGAAACUUAUGCAGCUUCCAAGAGUUUCAGGAUCCAUUGAAGUUUGGGACUUUCUAAGUGUUGACUCCCAGACUUAUCUAUUUACAAAUUCCUUUUCUAUAAUCGAAACACUGUCAGUUGACCUAGAUGAUAAACCAUCUGAAAAGAGCAAAAGGGUUUCAAAUAUGGAUGGGCUGGUGACUGAUCCGUUCUUGACGAGGGAACAUACGGGCAAUGGAGUUAAGGGUUCUGCUUUACAACUGAAGAAUAAUGAUGGGUUAAGAGUGAACACAAAAGUUUCUGAUUCCCAGGUAAAAAGUCCUGGUAAAGAAAUUGGAAAGUCACUCAUUAAUUCUGGCACUGAUUCAGAUGCUAGAGCAAAAAAAGAUUUAUCUUCUGUCAAAAACUUGGGUAAGACCAUAAAAGGAAGAGAGGAACAAGAAUCUGAAUCGUUUCUUGAUACUGAUACAGUCCCUACACUUCCUACAGAGUGGGUACCUCCAAAUUUAAGUGUUCCCAUAUUAGAUUUGGUAGAUGUCAUUUUUCAGCUCCAAGAUGGUGGAUGGAUCAGGCGAAAAGCUUUUUGGGUGGCCAAACAAAUACUACAGCUAGGGAUGGGUGAUGCCUUCGAUGACUGGUUAAUGGAGAAAAUUCAACUUCUGCGCAAGGGAUUGGUGGUUGCUUCAGGGAUCAAGCGUGUUGAGCAGAUAUUGUGGCCUGAUGGAAUAUUUAUAACCAAGCAUCCAAAUAGAAAACCGCCACAGCCUACCAACUUAUCGCAAAAUUCACCUCAGGGUCAGAAACCUACAGAAAUUUCAUCACCUAGACUUGACGAGCACCAGCAACAGGAGGCAGAUCGACGCGCAAAGUUUGUCUAUGAACUAAUGAUUGAUAAUGCACCCUCUGCUAUUGUUGGUCUCGUUGGUAGUAAGGAGUAUGAAAAAUGUGCUAAGGAUCUCUAUUACUUUCUUCAGUCAUCUGUUUGUUUGAAGCAACUGGCUUUUGACCUUCUUGAGCUGCUGCUUCUGACGGCAUUUCCGGAGAUGGAGUACGUAUUAAAGCAGUUGCAUGAAGAAAAACAUCGAUUUGGCGAGUUUAAAGCGCAAUAGUGGGUCGUCCUAUUUGAAGGUAAGUUUAGAGAUAGACUUUUCCUCCUGAGGAACGUACUGGCAACAUGAUUCUGUUGCCUGCUUCGGGUUUUUCGCAACCGAUAUUCAUUCAUUGUAUUGGCGGCAAGGGAAUCAAGUCAUUUUCUUGCCCGAAUUUUGUACAGUAACUUUUUAGUCAGAAACUUGAGGAAACUCAAUGUAAAUCUUGAGAUUAGUGCAAAUUUACAAUACACCUCAACUCUUUCUUUUGAAAAACAAUCCGAUUAUCGACCAGCCAAAUGGAGUUUUUGUA